AUGGUUUCAAGUGAAGACGAGGACGAUCGUUUUUUAUAUGGUUCAGAUGCUGAGGCUGAUAGUUCCUCUCAGCAUAAGCGGAAGCUAGAGCCACAAACAACUGUACAAGUUAGCGAAGAACGUGAGCCAAAACGAGUAAAGAUACCAACAACAGAACCGGCUGCCGACGAUGAAGAAAUAAUAGAGGAGGAUGUAGAUUCGUCGGAUUCAGAAGCAGAUGCCGAUGAUUCUGAUAAGGAUUCAGAUUCAGAUGUGGAGAUUAUUAUAGGUACAGGGACUGAUCUAUCAAAGUUGGACUCAAAGAACGCCGCUACCCCUUCUACCGCGGCUACUACAACAUCUGCGUCGGAGUUAACAAUUGCGCCUGUUUCUGAGCAGACUGGAUCGACGACUACUGUUGCCACGGUGAACGACAAUUCCAGCUCUGUGACGAAAGCGGUUGGAGCAAUUGAUAUCAAUGCUAUUGGCGAAUUUGAGGGCCAACCGAUUACCGAUAUUGAUCCGGAAGUGCUUAAGGAAAAGCCCUGGCGUCAACCGGGUGCAAAUCUAUCAGAUUACUUUAACUACGGUUUUACUGAGGAAACAUGGAUGGAAUAUUUGCACAAGCAGGAGAAGCUACGGAAGGAAUAUAACCCCCAAAAAAUACUUAUGGGGCUUCUUGCGCUCCAGCAGCAGGGUAAACUUAACGAUACCACUGGAGCGGGCGAUGGUGGCAUGGCAGGGGCGGGGUCGAACGGGAAUGGAGGAGUCGCUUCUCACGGCGAUGUGAACUCACCUAACAAGAACAAUGCUUCAGUAAACGCAAUGCCCCCACCUCCUGCCUUUCCAAUGGGUAUGCAUCACAUGUUUGGGGGUUUCCCGCCCUUCCCAUUUCCUGGCAUGAUGCCCCCGAACUUGGGCGCUAAUGCUGGAAACGCAAACAAGAAUGGCUCCACAGCUAAUGCAUCUGGUAACAAUAAUGGCAAUGGCAAGUAA